AUGGACCACGAAGACCAGCACCAGCCUCUCUUGGCUCCCACCGAUCUUGCCUCCAUCCCAGUCUACCCUCUCAUACCUGCAAUUCGUAAAGAUGUCAUUGAAACAAUCGACAGUGCUCUUAGCUGGGACCAACUGACUGCCGCCGACGUCAACUUUGCCAUCGUCCGCCCUCUUGUCCUCAAGUAUGCAAGACUGAAGAAUAUGGCCUCGGUCUAUGCCUGUCUCGUGAACCGAGCGUACUUCUUGGGCGAGUCCGAAAACAAUCUGGCAUAUGCAGGCGUCAUGUUAUCGCGUGCAACAUUCUGCGAGAUACUGGCGAUGAAACUUAUGGGUCACUUUGCCUCCAAUCGCCUUUCCCUGGCUGCUGUGUUGACCACGGCAUGGAGCCCUCUGUCCGGUGCUUCUGCUCAAGUCGUCGAAGAAGUUAAACAAGUUCUUGGCAGCAAGGCGAACGUGAAUGAUGGCCAAAGCGCCCUCGAAAUGGCUAUCAGUACUGAUGCCAAACACUUUGUGUCCUCGCCAGUCUCGCAAGCGGUCGUCAACGAUAUCUAUGCAGGCCGUAUCGUUUUCGCUCAUGCAGCAACGAGCAGGUCGAUGUUGGCCGACAAUUACAAGCCGAGGGGCAUUCAAGUCUACGACUGUCGCGAUGCACCUUUCCUUGACCAUUACAGACUUCGAGUUCCUCGGUAUGGUGCGAUCCUGGAAUUUCUCAACUUCACCUGCUUGCUUGUUACGUUUAUCCUCUGUUUAUCCAACCAAAACUACGACAAGGUUACCCUCUGGGAAGCCGUCUUCUUCGUGUUCGCCGCAGCGUUUGCGCUUGAAGAGUACACUGCCUCCAAUGAGCAUGGUUGGAUCAUCUACAUUGCCAAUAUGUGGAAUGUGUUCGACACAUCGUUCGUUGUCAUUUUUCUCUGCUAUCUGGGCAUGCGCAUCAAGGGCCUUGUCUAUUCUGACUUGGCUGCGUCCGACCUUGCCUUUGACAUUCUGGCCUGUGGGGCUUGCAUCUUGUUCCCGCGAUUGGCCUUCUUUGCGGUCUCUAACAAUGUUGUCGUCUUGUCUCUUCGUGCAAUGAUCGCGGAGUUCAUAUUUUUCAUGACUAUCGCAGCCAUAUGUUUCUCAGGGCUGCUCUUCACACUUUGGACCCUAGGAAAAGCGACUUGGACGCUCAAGAAAAUCGCGUGGCUUAUGGUGCAAAUAUGGUUCGGCAAUAAUUAUCUUUCGUUCACUCAAGCUGAAUCUUUCCACCCCAUUUUCGGCCCGAUUCUCAUGACUGCGUUUGCUGCACUCUCCAAUACAUUACUAUUGACCAUUUUGAUUUCGAUUCUCUCGAAUACUGUUGCUAGAAUUGAUGCAAACGCUACUCAGGAGCACUUGUUUCAGUUUACCAUUACUACCCUGGAAGGGGUACAAGCCGACGCAUUAUUCUCUUACCAGCCGCCAUUCAAUCUACUGGCAUUCAUCCUGCUCAAGCCGCUGUCUUACGUAGUCUCCCCACGGAGACUUCACUCGUUGAACGUGUUGCUGAUCAAGAUCACAUCUUUGCCAAUACUGGUCGUAAUCACCAUCUACGAGCGAUACCUUGCAGACGGCCAAGCUCUUCGCCAGUCCUCCAAGGACGCUGCUCAUACCAUUUUCAACAAUCUACCCCGUCACAUAAAGAACAUGCCUUUCGUUGAGGCCCUUGUAGGAUCGGCCUCGAGCAACUUAUAUGAGGCGAUCUUUGAAGUGGAUGCACCCCCUCCCACAGAGCUUUUCAACGAAUCAGAUGACGAGGAUGAGAGACCACAUUUACGCUCAUUGGCAUCACGUGAGUCCCUUGGUGUUUCGCCAGCACCCAGCACUCCAGUACGCCGACAACCAUCACGGGUCAGCUAUGGGACUCGUUCUCCACGCAGUCCUCGCGGAUCCCCUGCUCGCCCUCGGCCAAUGAGUGCUUUGGAAGUUGGAGGAGCCGAAGUUGGAGGAAGCCGCAGUCCUUUGGCUAGGUUUUUCGCUCACGUUGACCCUCCUGCACCGUCAAACAAUGAAUCAGCGACGUCGUUACGAAGAGUAGAAGCAAUGCUCGAAGACAUUCGCGAUCUCCCAGUGAACAAGCUGAAAGAUGAGAUGCGGGAAUUACAGGAACGCCAGGCGCGCAUUGAGCAACUGUUACUGAGUCUGACGCGGGGCAUGAGGUCUAGCGAUACGAGUACUAGUAUCAAGCUGAAAUAG